UUAACUCAAAUGUAAAGCAUGUAUAAAGGAAAUAUUUAGAAUAAAGCCAAUAUAUAAACUUCCUUUCCGUAUAGACGUAUUUACGUCUAAUUCUCCGGAACCGUCGUUCCACUGACAACUUUUUUUACUUAAAACUUCUUCAAGGACGCUCUAAUUGAACCUACUUCUUGUUAAAACAUGGAGGCCUCGCGUCUGUCAGGAUACGAUGGCUGUGCAAACGCUCUACUUUCCUGGUCAUUUCACAGAGCAGCCAAACGAGUGUCAAAGGUUGUACACGAUUAGAUAUGAGAUGUGGUCCUUCUGACGUAUAAGAGUGCAAAGUACUUCUUGGUUGUAAACAGAUGAAUGAAGUGGUCAUACAGAUUGGUGCAUUUGAAACAAGAGAGAAAAUAUGUAAGCAAAUGGAAUAAUAAUAUUUUUCAAAUACUUUCGUUUGAUUUUGUUUAUCUCACUGGCCUCGUUAUUAAAUUAUCGAAGAUACUACAAAUUUGUUGUUCCAAAGGUCAGGGUCUUUAAACUCUCUCUUUCUCGCACAAUGUCGACGUUUGCCAUAAGUCAGUGAAGGACGCUUGAAAUAAAUAUAGAUCUUAUCGAGAUCUAUAAUUUAGAUUAUGUUAUAAUCAUUUAUACUAUGAGAAAUUUGUUUUUGUUUUUUGGAAAAUUUGUUAAGUUUUAUGUGAGCUUCGGGUAAAGUGGGGAUGAUGAACCCUUACGAAGAGAUUAAAACAGACACACAACUUUUGCUGUAGACUAUACUAAAUUUAAUAUAGAAAUUAAUUUUAUGGAAUUUACUCAGGAUUGGUCCUUUAUCCCAGACACUUACGAGCAUCCUGGAAUGUCCCACCGAUCUGCAGGAUGUAGAGGAUACAGAAGAAGACCAUGAAGAGCAGCGAGAAGAGGACGGCGAUCGUGUAGGCCACGCGGGCGCUCAUCCACCGGAACCUGUCGGACGGAAGUUUCGUUUAACAACCUGAAGCCGACUUUCUUCUAAAUAAUAUUUAAAAAAAUAGUUCUUCCGCAAAGAAGACGCGUGCACGGGUGAGGUGGACGAUAUUGACUCUAGUUUGCGGAAGGAGAACGUGUUGAACAAUCCACUGCUUGAAGAUGGAACAUUCCUGUAUAUGGCAACUAAGAUGAACCAAGGCGAUGUGGUACGAAUGUUACUGUCCUGUGGUGCUGACCCAGGAGUACAGAAUGCUAGAGGCCUAAAUGCUAUUGAUGUUGCAACAUCUGAACAGAUGCGACUGAUUUACGUCGAGGAACUUCUACGAGCGACUGCAAAUUCUGAGGUUGGUCGAGUGUGCCAGCUGAUUGCAGCAGGUAUCAGCAUCAACUCGUGGGACAGCGAAGAUAGCAGGAACACUCCGCUCCACUGGGCUGCGUGUUACGGGAACAAGGACAUUGUUACUUGUCUGAUAGAUCGUGGAGCUGACGUGAAUGCAAUGAACUCCUGUGGUGCUACUGCACUGCAUGACGCUGUGCUCAGGGGUGACAGAGACAUUGUGGAGGAAUUGAUGCAGAGUGGUGCCAACCCACUCAUCCAGUCCUUGAAAGGGAAAUUUGGUGGGAAGACUCCUUUGGACCUCGCGGCACAGAAACCUGAAUUGCUCGUGUUGGUAAGGACAUUCACUUCAUUUUCGCCGUCGGUGAACGGACACCAAGAUAUUGGCGUCUCGUCUCACCAGUUGCAGCAUGGCAUUACUGUAACGACAGGUGGCGGCUCUGGUGGAGGGGGGCGUGUCCGGAGUGUGUCGGUGGAAUCAUUCAGCAAUGGCGUACGGGGCGACAUGCUAAAUCACAGGGAUGGCUCCACAGUCAGUGUACAUGGACACGGAUUUCAGUCAGAGCGGAAGCCCUCAACACGAUCAUUGAAUACUAUCUUAUUUUCAUCACAAGCGUCCUCAUUAGACCUCAGUCCACGUAUUGACCAGGCUAUUGAGAAUCUGGUGCGGACACACAUCAGCACGCCAGUUCGACCACUGGUGAUUAAUAACAGCCUGCAUCUGUUGUGGCCACAGCCUCAAAGAAUGGUUGAACUUGAAGGACCUCCAUUUGUGCCUCAGAAAGAACUGCGGAUCUCCAUAAUACAGAGCCCAGUUUUGAUUCACAGGAUCCUGGAUGUCUGGGACAUAUGCCAGCCAGCACUGCUCACUCUUGGUUUUGAUGUGAAGAUUGGUGAUAUUCAGCCUUCGUGCGGCAAGUGGACGGAGAGCCAGGUCGAGUGCAUUGUCAGUGAAGACCUCUUCCCAUCCAAGGACUCUUAUCAGAUUCAUAUAAAUUCAACCAGGGUGAGAAUAGCUGCCGGAAGUCUUCCCAGCCUCCACUAUUCCCUGUGCACAUUCAUACAGUUGUUGCGACUGUCCGGGGGUGAACCAGGGAGUAGCGUGCUAGUCCCAGUGUUGAUUCAGGACCACCCUACAAUCCGACAUCGUGCCGUUCUUCUGGACAUUUCGCCCCGAGGUCGAGUUCCUUCGCCAGAUUUCCUGUUCCAAAUGGUAAGUCUGUGGUCGUCUCUGAAGGUGAGCCACCUUCACCUGUACACGCAGCUGUUGCCGAGCUCCGAGUGGCAGCUCCCGUUCACAAGGAGUGAGAUGGUGACAAUUGACCGCUACUGCCAGGACAGGUUUAUUGAUCUGGUGCCUGUGUUGGAUGUCGAGUCGCAUGUCUCGUAUGAGGAUCUGACGGACAUGUGGCCUACGUUCCAGGAAAUACUAGCCAGCUUCCCAAAUCUGAGGUAUGUGCAUAUAGGUCCCAAGUUGUGCAGCCUGUUAGUGCGACCUGAGGAGGGUGACGAGGGGGAUGGAGUUAGUUCUGACGGCAGCGGCCAGUGUGUGGGUCUGCAGGAGCUGUGGCAUCACUUAGCGUUGCCGCCAGACAUCACGGUCAUGCUUUGCGGCAAUGGAAUUCAACAACACGGGACUCUGGCCCUCCCUUCAAACAUCUUACUCGUGCAGUACGGAUUUCAGGCAGACUAUGACUUCCUUGAAUGGACACGGGACUUCCACCAGCAAGGAGCCAUGACUUGUCUGUGCCCUGGUACAGCCAGCUGGAACAGCCUUGCUGGUUGUCCUGAAGCCUCAAUCUGUAACAUAUAUCGUGCGGUACAGGCAGUUGGAGAACUGGAGUCUCUGGGUGUGAUAGUUGCUCACUGGUCUGGAUCAUACCACCUCACUCCACACCCAUUUGGCUGGCCCGGCUUUGUAGUUGGGAGCGGUCUUUCAUGGAACCCAGAUACUCAUUGGGAUUACUUGCACAACUCGCUGUCUGACCUACUCAACAGUCACAUCUUUUUGGACAGUGAAAACGUGGUUGGUCGUGUCAUCAUAGAACUUGGCUAUGCAGAAACUUAUGCCCUGAGAUCAUGUAGAGGUCAGGAUCAGGGUGACCUCUCAGACCUCCCUGCACAAGAUGGCUCUACGCUGUACAAGCUGCUUACAGACCCUGACAACGUCAAUCUGGAAAAUUUGUCACUCGACAUAUUUGGGAGGGUCACAAAACAUAUCAAGAGAUGUCAGAACAAUUUGUUCCGAGCCAAACUGCGGUGUUUGUUUGGUGAGAUGGUGAUUCAAGAACUGCAACUCGCAGCUGAUCUCAUGUUGACAGCUUGCAGGAUAGGUCGGACGCUGAUUGGUGUGGGAACCAAUCCUAACAGCAACAUGGGCUUGGCAGUUAUUAAUCUGGGAGUGUGCAAUCUGCCGCCAACAUUCAGGACAGAUAUAGCAAAUAAGUUGCUGGCCCACAUUGAACAGUACAAAGGCACGUGGCUUCAGCGUCAUCUUCCUGCAGGGCUCCAGAGUUCUCUGCUGGUUCUCACUUCGGCUUUGCACCGGUUUGUACCUGAUGAGCCUCAGGUCACUUAAGAGUCUCAGUUGUACCUCGUGCGUCAUCGUGCUCAAGUUGAUGUUGGCUUACAGAUGCCGUUCCUAAUUAAAAUGUUGGGUUCAGAAACAUUUCAACUUUCACAAGUUUCACCAUUUUGAAUCCUGGCUAUUCAGCUUGCGGCCGCUUGAAAGCGUCCGCUCUUGUCUCGAUGUGAUGGUCAUUUCGUGCUCGUGCUAUGAUUACCCGAGUACGCGGAGAACUAAAAUAACCUCCUGAUAUCAGACGCUCACAAAUAUGAAAGUGGAAAUUUAUAUGAAAGAAUGUUACGUUGUCCAGUUUUGAAGUCUUUGAUGAGAAAUUGCUGUCCACUUUUAGUUUGAAGUUUAAAUUAUUUUAUUUUAUAGAAAAUCCUUGAAGUUCCAGCCUUCAGCUUCCAUGCAUGCUUCGCGUACUGAAAAGAUUUGUGAGCACACGGCAAACCCAUUGUCUAGUGCUGCUAUCCUGUUUCUUUUUGAUCACGUCGUACGUGUUUCUUAUUUACUAUCUUCAUCCAGCAUCGAGUCUGUCGUACGAGACUUUCUCAUUAAUGUUGAAUUACACGAUAUAAAAUAGCGAUAUUUUUGGUGAAAUUUAUUCCGUGAUGAGUGCAUCAUGAAAUAUCGUAUAUAAAAUUUGUCAUAAAUGAUGCUUCAGUUCAGUGCUUCGUACAAAUCCAAUUUUGACCGAUAUUUCCUCGUCAGCCCCCCUGCGAGUAAGAGCUCAAGAACGGCCGAAAGAAUUUCGAUGACGUGAUAUCGGGAAGUUUUAUUAACAUUUUUCAGCAUGUCCCAAUUUUGGGUAAGUCGGUCUUUAUUCCGAGUUCAUUUUAGAAUGUUCCUGUAUCAUGGCGUAUUCUGGACAAGACGUCUUUCUCUAGUUUGCCGACGACUUUCUCCUGCAAUCUGGCGUUAGAUGAGCUACCUUAUUUCUCACCAGGUACUCCCAGUUUAUCAGUGGGUACUUUACAAUCAUGCUUUUUCAUCCUCGCUUAAGUAACUUCUCACUUAUUUGUGUGGGUGUAAAACUUGGUCUUACGUUAUAGGAGGAGAGAGUUUCAGAAUGGUGCCGAGAUCUGAGACAGAUGAAAUGACGAGGGACCGGAGAAAAUUGAGCAUUGAGCAGCUCCGUAAUUUGCCAUCUUCACUAAAUAUCGUUAGGUUUUUAUCGAGAACGUUGAGAGGGGCAGAGCUUGUAGCAUGCAUGAUAGGUUGAAAUGCUUAAAAAAUAUUUUGUUGGUAAACCUGAAGGGAAGUGACCACUUGGAGGACGAGCAGAAGGAUUUUGUGAACGUCGCUUGGUUUCCGUAAGAGGCGCUGGGCAACCAUCAGCUUCUGAAGAAAGACACUGCUCCCUGGAGUUUGUAGUUUAUGGAGAAGUCCGAGGAUGGUCACUUUCCACGGCAUUUCCGUCUGGGUUCGCCUUUUUAUUCUGUUGUCGACUCGAUUUAAAAACUUACAAAUAAAAAAAUUUCCCCGUAUGUUGUGAUUAUGCCAAGUGGCAGCUGAAUUUGAUGAAUGACGUAAUAUGGAGAAGCGCGGCGAACGUACCAACAUACCUCAAGUAACGACCGAUGGUUUAUUUGUUGCAAUGUUAUGAAGUGCCAUCUGUGACUGCGAGUGUAAGUAUAUUUAUAUGAAAUUCUGUGUUUAAAAAGAGUUUAUAAAGUGCCUUCCAUUGGUUCUUCUGCUGUUAGAGAAUACAUAUUUCUUGUUUUAGUGUUUUGUAAAGUAACUGACUUGUCUUUUGCGUCAUAAAGUGUAUGGUUAUGAACGCAAAUUGUGAUAGUGUUAACAGCCACUUCAUCGGCUGGACAAACACAGUUGUCCGAAACGGCGUUCGUAACGAGUAGUAAAAUUUGGCCGAUUUUGCGAGGGGCAGCGCAGCAUUUAACGUGUUCCCAUUCAGUUUUCUGUGCGUUUACUUCGGCCACAUGUAAUAUCUCCAUUUUAGCGAACGUAUUUUGUUUUAUUCAGUUCUUGUAGAGUCUGUAACAACGUAUGUCGGAAAAUGGUAACAUACAUGAAAAUUAAAUAAAAUUUUGAUUUGAAGUUUUGAUGGUGGUGAGUCUGAAGACGGCUGUCUCCCGGGUUGUGAUGCUCGUACUACAAUGCGGAAGACAGCCGUCUUCUCUGGGUCCGAGUUGGGUAACGGAGUCUGAGUUAACUGUGUUCUGUUCAAGAUUAACUUUGAAUUACUUGUGUGAACUUUGUACCACGUCUUGCUGCCGACAGCGUUAAUUGUGUUGUUCAGUUUUAUGUUUUUUUUUUUUUUCAAAUGCCCAGGAUCGUAAACAAAAUUUUAAACUUGUUUGUUAAUCAAAAAUUGUAUACAGAUGA